AUGACCACUACGAGUUCGAUUCUCAAAUUAGCAGCAGCAGUGGCUUCGUCGGUAUACGUGCUAGCACAGGUGGCAAAGAUUGUACGACAGGGGCAGAACCCCCGGCUAACGAAACUUCCGCCCACGUCCCGGGGGGUCGAGAGUCUCGUGGGGAACACUCCUUUAAUCGAGAUCAAAUCCCUCUCCAAACUCACUGGGUGUCGAAUCUACGCUAAGCUCGAGCUCUGCAACCCUGCCGGAAGCGCCAAGGAUAGAGUGGCACUUGCCAUAAUCCGAGAAAAUGAAAAGUCGGGCAAAUUGACUCCCCACCACGGCGAUAUCAUUUUUGAAGGCACAUCUGGGUCAACAGGAAUUUCGUUUGCUUUACUUUCCAAUGCCCUCGGAUACCAUACACAUAUAUGCUUACCAGAUGAUACCAGUGACGAAAAAAUCAAGUUACUCGCCAGUUUGGGUGCUAUCAUUGAACCCGUCAAACCCGCAUCGAUUGUCGAUCCCGAACAAUACGUAAAUGCAGCCCGAGCGAGAGCAUCUGCUAUUAAUGACGACCAACUGGACCCUCGGAAUGCUGUGUUUGCCGACCAGUUCGAAAACGACUUCAACUGGAGAGUUCACUACAAUACUACCGGUCCUGAAAUAUGGACGCAAAUGCAGGGUCGUAUUGACUGCUUCAUAACCGGUUCCGGUACCGGGGGGACUAUUGCCGGAGUAGGUAGGUACUUGAAAGAACAGGAUGCGUCUGUUAGGGUGAUCUUGGCAGAUCCACAAGGAAGUGGGUUGGCCAACCGUGUCAACCAUGGCGUCAUGUACGACACGGUCGAGAAGGAAGGCACGCGGCGGCGUCACCAGGUCGACACGUUGGUGGAAGGUAUCGGGUUAAACCGUUUGACCUGGAACUUCCAGCAGGGUGAGAAGUACAUCGACUCGGCGGUGCGAGUGUCAGACGACCAGGCAUUGAAAAUGGCCCGGUUUUUGUGCGAGAAUGACGGGUUGUUCUGGGGGUCGUCUGCCGCCAUCAACUGCGUGGCUGCGGUGCAGACGGCGUUGACGUUGGGUCCAGGCCACCAGAUCGUCGUGGUGGCAUGCGAUUCUGGUGCCCGGCACUUGUCGAAGUUCUGGGCUCAUGCUGCCCGUCUUCCUGCUGAUAUUUCUCUCCAGGAUAUUGUUUAA